AUGAGCCUGACAACUGCCACUGCAGCCAGGAUUCUAAGAGGGCAGAGAAGAGGACAGUCCGGUGAGGACACAGAUCUAGCGUGGGACACUUUCCCUGCAGUUGCUUUAGCAAAGACGUAUAACAUAGAUGCCCAAACAGGGGAGUCUUCUGCCUGUGCUACCGCCCUUUUGUGUGGUGUAAAGGCAAGAUACGAGACCCUGGGGUUAGAUGCUGGUGGAAGAUUCAACAGCUGUGCUUCGACCAUCAAUUCCAAAGUCACAUCUUUGGUUGACUGGGCACAUGAAGCUGGGAAAUCCAGUGGCAUCGUGACAACAGCGCGGAUAACCCAUGCGACGCCUGCGGCGUUGUACGCGCAUGCGCCGUCCAGAUACUGGGAGGACGAUAGCAGAGUACCUCCCACUGUCAGAAAAGACUGCAAGGACAUAGCUUUGCAGCUCGUAGAAAAUGAACCGGGAAGGAGUAUAAAUGUAAUUAUGGGAGGUGGUAGAAGACACUUUUUGCCCACCAUCACACCAGAUCCUGAACAUCCUAAUCGGGAAGGGAGAAGACUGGAUGGAAGAAAUUUAGCUGAAGAUUGGGCAAGAGAAAAGAAAAGACGGCGAUUGAGAGCUCAAUACAUACAUUCAAGAGAACAACUUGCUAAGUUAGAUCCUAGGACAGUGGACUAUUUGCUAGGUUUGUUUGAAUACUCGCAUAUGGAGUUCAACGCAGAACGAGGAGCGAUAGCAGAUACGGAAGAAGGCGGAAAUGCUAGUCCUAAUGUCAAAGCUGACGAUCCCUCCUUAGCCGAUAUGACUAGAGCUGCUUUGUCAAUUUUGACCAAAAACGAUAAUGGAUUUUUCCUCCUAAUUGAAGGUGGAAGGAUAGACCACGCUCAUCACUACAACAAUCCAUAUAGAGCUCUCGACGAAACUUUGGAGUUAGAAACCGCACUGUUGGCAGCAUUAGAGAGGGUUAAUCCUGCUGAAACUUUGAUCGUCGUCACCGCCGAUCACGGUCAUGUAAUGACUUUUGGCGGCCAGGCUACACCGAGAGGACACCCCGUUUUAGGUGCGGACACUGUGGUGUCGGAUAUAGAUGGCUUGCGUUAUACUACGUUGCUCUACGGCACUGGCCCUGGGCAUUCGGAGCCUAGAGCAUUGCCAUUGAAUACGACAACGUCUGCAGCUAACGCAGAUGCUGUUCAUGCUGCUGCAGUUCCUAGGCAAUGGGCUACGCAUGGCGCCGAAGAUGUGCCUAUUUAUGCCUUAGGUCCAAUGGCAACGACGUUAUUUGCUGGUGUAGUGGAGCAAAGCUACAUACCCCAUGCAAUCGCGUACGCUGCGUGCAUCGCGCACCAGUCGCGGAGAUGUCAAGAAAAAGUCAACUUUACGCAACCACCGUACCUAACUAAAUAA